AUGAUAGCUUUUAAUUCUAAUUUUGAAAUUCUAAAUUGGCAGAGAAUAAAAUUAAGUGAUUUCAAAACGCUGAAAUUAGAAUGUAGCGGAGGAAAAACUUAAUUUGAAAAUAACAAAAUAAAUUAAAUGAUUGAUUUUGUUAAUAUAUUUUAGCUAGAGAUUGAUCAUUUGUACAUUUAAUUUAAUGAAUUCAACAUUUAGAAGCAUUAAGUUUUUAUCGAUUUUGUUAUAAAAAAUUUAAUUGCUAAAUAUGCUGAAUAAAUCACUAAUUUAACUAUAGUAAAUUUUACUUAGCUUUUAUCCAAAAAAAAAUAAGGAUCGAGUAAAAAUGGCAUUUUAUUGGAUUUACUUCUUCCAUUGAAAAAUUUAAAAUAAGUUUAGAUUGAACACAGUUAUUAAUAAUUUUAAAUUGAGAAAGGAAAUAUGUUACAGGAGAUUUUAGAUGUUUUUACAUCAAAUAAUUAAUUCAGGACAAUUGAAUAUUUAUCUAUAAUGCAAGAUAACACUGAGUUCGAAGAUGAAUCCUUUAGAUCAAAGAAAAAUGAAAUGAUGAGAUUCUAAAAUAAAAUAAUUUAAAUGAUUGCUACUCUCAAAAGCCUUAAGAACCUGUAGAUUAGCAUUUUAAAUAUGAAUUUCAACUAAGAUUUUUACAAAAGUGCUUAUCAAAAAAUAACUGAAAUGGAAAGUCUGGAAUAAGUAGGCUUAGACUUGUGGAGUAAGAACUGUUCACUUAAGUAGCAAAUAUAGAAUCUCAAGUAUUUAACUAAAUUUGCUAAAUCUUUAAAGGAAAUCACAUUUUUAUCAGAUAAUUACUGCAAGCCAGGCGAUAUAAAAUAAUUGAAAGAACUGCUCUUGCAAUUUGAAAAUAUAGAGGAUUUAUGUAUCAAAGGAGUUAAAUUUUAGCAAAAACCAUAACUUGAAUCCUUUUUGAGUUAUUUCAAUAGCUACAAUAAUCUGAAAAAUAUCACACUUGAUUUCUCAGACUCACCAAUAGAUAUAUUAGAUAUGAAUUAGCUUUUAUAUUAAAAUUUGAAGGAUUGUAGUUAAAUAGAAGAGUUAAAUUUAGUAUAUCCUUCAGAGCAUUUCUUUAGUAAAAAGGAUUAUUUAGAUCUAUAAACUCUUCUCUUUUCUAUGGAGAAAACUUUGAAAUAUCUUAGCUUCUAAGUUAGCGUUUUGGAGGAUUGUAAGGAAGGGUAUGAAACAUUUAGAAAUAUAAUUAACUUAAAAAAUCUUAAGAUUUUCUAAUUUUAAUUUGAAGAUAAUGUUAUUAAAUUGGAUGCAGUGAAAGACGAAGUCGAAAAUGUUAGAAGAAUUAAAACGUUUUUAAUGAAUAAUUAUGAAAAAUAUACUUUUUUGAUCAAUGUUGAGUUUAAUAUACUUUUUUAGAUGCAGGACCUAAAAAAUCUCUAAAUUAAUGAACGUUCACUACCUUAUAUGUAAUUUUCUUUAGACAAUCUGAUAAACCAUUUAUAGUAAUUUUAAUUAGAAUCAUUCACAAUCAUUCAUUAUUACUAAUAAAUGUUCUAAAAUGAAAUGAUUAAAAUUAUUAAUAUGAAUAAGCUCUCCUUAAAGCAUUUAAAUUGCUAUUUAUAUGAUAGAAUAGAAACACUUCCUAAUGUUAUUUCAAUAAAAACUUAUGGUUAGUCACCAGAGAUGGCUUAUAAUAUAUUAAAAAAAUUACCUUCGAUAGUAAGAUUUGAUGGAAGCAUUAAACCUAUUUAUUUAAGAUAUCCUGGUUUUUAUAAAGUCUUAUUCAUUUGGCGAAUAUCUUAAUACUAAGCAGGCAAUGUUAGUUCAUCUAAUUAUCUACUGUUAGUUGAUAAAACCUUUCAUUUCAUACCAGGCAGAUUUUCUUCAUUGGGAUCUUUCAAUAGAUUUCUGAAAAAUAUUUUGAAAAUAAUUUUAAAUUUUUUGUUUGUUUGUUUGUUUGUUUUUGCCCUAAGUAUUAAUAACUAUUUUUAUCUUAAGACAUAUUAAUUGUUUUUUUAAAUACAUUAAAAUUGUAUUGCAUACUACUUAAAAUAUUUUGAAAUAUAAUAAUAUUUUUAGUAAUUAUAAAGUAAUAAAUUUUAAAUAAAUUAAUUACCUUAAUUAAUUUAUUCUUUUAAAUAUUUUCAAUAGGAUAGAUAUUUUCAAGAUAAGUAAAAUUUAAAUUUUUAUAUUUGCUUAAAAUUUUUUAUCUUUUAUUUUUAAAUUAAACUACUCUCAAUAUUUCAUAAUUUUAUAUUUGAAGUUUAUUCUUCUAUGCUGUAAAUAUUCUUCAAUAAUUUAGUUUAUUUUAAUUUAGAGAUAUUAAUAAUUUUCUGA